AUGUAUAGGCUCAUUGCGGAAGCCAGCAGGCCCGGUGGAGUUUCUGCUAUGGACACCUCCCGUACUUCGAUGAUAAAAUUCAGUCCGUCUAAUUCAGAGUCAGGAUCGGAUUGCUUCAAAAAGAUGUACUGUAGUCGACUACCAUUGAGAAUAACAGAGUGCAUGAACACAAGCGUUCUAGAUUGUGCAGUCACUUUUACGUGUGACAAGAAUGUUUGUGUCUACGGAAUACAGAAAUCUAACAAACGGUUACCGAGAUAUUUGCUUGGUUCCAUACUUUAUCCCAACCCUAAAAAGGGCACACAAAAUACCAACGCCGACGCUAUUUCCAGAGUAGAAAUACACACCAAAGAAACAGAGGACUUUUGUAGUCAAGCAGACGACAUACUGAGGGACACAAACAAUUACAACAAAACAAAAACAGAUCUUUUCCAAGAACCUAACGAUACACACUCCGCGAAUCCUCCCAUAGACUCCUUUGUCGAAACCAUCCCAAUUCUAAUCGAUGACAUGGACACUAUUUCGACCAAAAAACACAGAAUUUUCGAAAGACUACCUGAGACUCACGAGAACGAAACUCAAAUUUCAAACAAUCACGUUGAAAACGAUAAUGACGAAGAUCAAACUGUCCACUCGAAUAACGAACAAAAUCCAGUCUUCGAAAUUCCAAUCAUGGGAACAGCAGUAAACAAUGGACUGAAUCAAAUAAUUAUUAGCUCAGUUCUGCAUUCCCCAUGGAAACCAAAAAUCAGAAUUCUUUUCGGCAAGAAGAAACGUACAUUUCUUCAACUUUCACAGAAUAAUUUCGAGAAAGACACGAUUGGUUUCAAGAAAAUUCACGAAAGGAAGAAAACUGAAAAUAAAUUCAAAAAUGCAACCGUACUUGUUUCAAUAAAUAAUCGACGUAAAACGCUUACCCGGUAUUUCAUGGGCCCCAGAAGCAAAAAUUUAGACAACAACCCUGGCUUGAUCCCACUCAAGAUUGGCAAUGCAAAAAUCCAAGAAAGCUCACAUCGACUUGAACACUUACAAUAUUCAGCCUUCAAGUUCGGAAAUAAACCUAUUGAAAACCUAGUCACGCCAAUUAGACGUCUCGAUAAAGAAAAAUCCGAAAAGGUAGAAAAUAAACUAACAGAAAUAUUACCACAUCCAAGUAGAACCAAACGCGGCUUAAUAAACGGUUUGGGGUUAAUUUUCGAAGCUAUUUCAGGAAAUGUGGACGCAAGUGACGGAGAACGAUACGAAAAACUCAUUGAUCAACUGCAAAAGAACCAAAAAGAAUUGGCAUCGAAUAUCAGAAGUGAAAAUUCACUAUCUAUCAGAUUGAUCAACGAAUUUGAUAAAACUGAUCAGAAUAUCGUUCGUAAUGAAAAACUCAUCGAAUCCAAAAUAAAUCAAAUUACUAAAAUUGACAUCAGAUGGCUUCAAGACGAAGAAAUCGAAAAUGCCGCUGUUAUCUAUUAUAGCCGUAGAAAAAUUAUAGUGUAUUACUUGCACGGAAUGCUAAUUUCCUACUUGAAUGAUUGUAUCAUUCGCCUAUGGCUCAUGCUGCAAACUUCAUCCUCGUAG